AUGUCUGUCACGAUUGAGAAAAUCCUCGCAGCUUCGCCCAACACAGAGCGGGGUCGUCCAACGCAGCUCUCCACGGAUCCUAAGGGAGAGCGUAUAGCAUACGCCUCUGGGAAAUCAGUAUUCCUGCGGUCUCUUGAUGAUCCCUCUCUCAGCAAGCAGUACACAACUCACACUGCCCAAACGACAGUUGCGCGAUUCUCACCUUCUGGGUUCUAUAUCGCGUCUGGCGAUGUCUCCGGGGCCGUCAAAGUAUGGGACGCAGUUGAGGGUGUCAACACAAAAGGGGAAUACCAUAUCAUAUCCGGCCGGAUAAACGAUAUCGCAUGGGACGGAGACUCCCAACGUAUAAUCGCAGUAGGUGAUGGACGAGAAAGAUUCGGCCACUGCAUAACAGCAGACAGCGGGAAUUCUGUCGGUGAAAUCAGUGGUCACUCAGCUAUCAUCAACUCCGUUUCCAUCCGCCAACAACGCCCUCUCAGAGCUGCUACGGGUGCGGAUGAUAGUAGCAUGGUCUUCCUCCAUGGAGCACCUUUCAAAUACCAAAACAAGUUGGGAGGUUUACACAAAGGGUAUCUUUAUGGUGUCGGGUUCUCACCGGAUGGAAGUCAACUUGUUAGUGUAGGUGCGGACAGGAGAAUUCAACUUUAUGAUGGGAAGAGCGGUGAACCGACAACGCAGAUAGGAGAGGGUGAGCAUAAGGGAAGCAUAUUUGGAGUGUCUUGGGCCAAAGACUCCAAAAGAUUUGUCACCGCCAGUGCCGAUCAGACAGUGAAACUCUGGGAUGUGGAAGCCGGAAAGGCUGUUCAGACUUGGAGGUUUGGUGGAGAUGGAAAUGUCAGUAUUCCAGAUCAUCAGGUUGGUGUGGUCUGGCCAGCGGGACGUAGCGACGGUAUGGUUGUGAGUCUGAAUCUAGCUGGUGAUCUCAACUAUCUUGCGGAAGGAACCCCUACUCCUACAAAGGUCGUUCAAGGCCAUAACAAGAGUGUGACCGCAUUUGGGAGCAGUCAGGAUGGAAAAAGUCAGACUUUCUGGACAGGCAGUUUCGAGGGUCGGGUCUGCUCAUGGGACAGCGAAACGGGUGUUGGUUCUGCUGUUGACGGCCAAACCCACUCCAACCAAGUAUCGUCAUUUACAACAACUAACGGUAGAGCUUAUAGCGUUGGCUGGGACGACACGUUGAGAAUCGCUGAUACGUCAAAUAAUACAUUCCUCGGAGAUGCCUCAAAGCUUUCUGGCCAGCCGAAGGGUGUUUCGUCCGCCGAUGGACGAAUAUUCAUAGCCACAACAUCAGGAAUCGAAAUAUUCUCGAAUGACAAGGCAGUGGGCUCUCUACUGACGAAAGACUUCACACCUACCGCAAUUGCCGCUUCAGGAACUACUGUAGCUGUCGGCGACGAUCAGAAUGUUAUCCAUAUUUACUCAGUGGAUUCCAGCAAUAAGUUGACAGAGAAGGAGAAACUUACAGUUUCCACCUCUCAGAUAACCACCCUCUCUUUUACCUCGUCAGGCUCUUUUCUCGCUGCAGGUAAUUCCGCGGGCAAGAUCUACGUCUUCGACAGCGGCUCAUGGAAAGUGAAGACUGAUCGCUGGUCCGCCCACACUGCUAGGGUAACCUGCAUAGCCUGGAAUGACGAGGAGACGCACGCGGUUAGCGGUGGUCUCGAUACCAACGUCUUCGUAUGGAGUCUGAAAGCGCCUGGAAAGAGAGUCAAGGCAGCGAAUGCCCAUAAGGAUGGUGUCAAUGGUGUUGUCUGGGUCGGCUCUGGGAAGGUAGCUAGCAGUGGUGGUGAUGCGGCUUUGAAGAUUUGGAAGGUUGCGGGCUUAGAAUAG